GAUAGUGCCUUCUAGUCUUCCUCCUCGUUCACGCACACCAGUAUAUCGCACCUAGGCAAGAUACAACCAACCUAUUAUUAGAUCUAAUCUUCGGAAUUAAGGAGAUGUCUACCACUGGUGAUUCUAUCGUAAACGAUGAUGAUGACCUUAACCCUGAUCAUGAAGAUCAUAUUCAUGAUCAGGAGGAAGUUUCUCAUCAACAACAACAACUUGAAGCGAAGAAAAUCUCUUCGCAAAAGUUGCGGCGAUUCGACUCAUUGGACAUCGAAUCUAGCAAGUUUCGCAGCCAUCAACACCUCGGCGACAAGGGUGCAAAGUGGUCGGUGAUAUUGAAUCUAGCUUUUCAGAGCAUAGGCGUAGUGUACGGGGACCUCGGAACUUCCCCGUUGUAUGUUUAUCCGGCCACCUUCAGCGGCGGAAUCAAGCACAACGAUGACAUUUUGGGCACACUCUCUUUGAUUUUCUACACCAUCACGUUGAUACCUGUCGUUAAGUACGUGUUUAUUGUGUUACGCGCAAAUGAUAAUGGUGAUGGUGGGACAUUUGCAUUGUACUCGUUGAUAUGCCGGUAUGCGAAAGUGGGUUUAAUCCCAAGUCAAGAAGCAGAAGAUCGAGAGGUAUCCAACUAUCAUCUGGAGUCGCCUAACAAUAAUCGGCUGAGACGAGCGUCAUGGGUCAAGUCGAAGCUAGAAAAGAGCCUGUUUGCUAAGUAUUUCUUACUAUUUGCCACAAUGUUGGGCACCUCUAUGGUUAUUGGAGAUGGCAUACUCACUCCUUGCAUCUCUGUUUUAUCAGCUGUGGGAGGAAUCAAGGAAGCUACGUCCUCCAUGACAGAAGAUAGGAUAGUUUGGAUAUCAGUUGCCAUACUAGUUGUCCUAUUUAUGGUCCAAAGAUUUGGAACCGACAAAGUCGGCUACAGUUUUGCUCCGAUACUCUGUCUUUGGUUCCUAUUUAUUGGUACCAUUGGCAUCUACAAUUUCAUCAAGUUCGAUCCAACGGUAAUUAAAGCCAUAAAUCCAUGGUACAUCGUCCAAUAUUUCAAGAGGAACAAAAAACAAGCAUGGAUUUCCCUUGGUGGCACAGUCCUUUCCAUAACAGGAACUGAAGCAUUGUUUGGGGAUCUUGGUCAUUUCAGUGUUCGGUCUAUUCAGAUAAGCACUUGUGCUGUGGUUUAUCCAUCCAUUAUACUAUGUUAUGUCGGACAAUCUGCUGUCCUCAGAAAGCACAAUGAAUACAGUUCAGACGCAUUCUUUAAGUCUGUACCAGGCCCAGUGUACUGGCCAAUGUUUGUGGUGGCUGUUUUGGCUGCUAUCAUAGCUAGUCAAGCCAUGAUUUCGGCGACUUUUUCAAUCAUCCAACAAUCCCUCUCACUAGGGUGUUUCCCUCGAGUGAAAGUCGUUCACACCUCAGCGAAAUAUGAAGGACAGGUUUAUGUACCCGAAAUCAAUUAUCUUCUCAUGUUGGCUUGUGUCGCAGUCACUAUUGGAUUCAGAACUACGGAUAGGAUAGGGAACGCUUAUGGGAUUGCAGUGGUGUUUGUGAUGGUGCUUACGUCAUCAUUUCUAGUGCUCAUCAUGAUAAUGAUAUGGAAAACUCACAUUCUUCUCAUAAUCUCAUAUGUACUCGUCAUUGGAACCAUUGAGCUCAUCUACUUAAGUUCAGUCCUCUAUAAAUUUGAUCAAGGUGGAUAUCUACCCUUGGCAUUCGCGAUGUUCCUAAUGGCAAUAAUGUACGUAUGGAAUGAUGUGUACCGAAGAAAGUAUAAUUAUGAGUUGGAUCACAAGAUCUCCCUACAGAAGGUAAAGGAAAUCGUUGGCAAUACCAACUUUUAUCGAAUUCCGGGGCUAGCUAUCUUCUAUUCAGAGCUUGUACACGGAAUUCCGCCUCUAUUCAAGCACUAUUUGGAUAAUGUGCCUGCGCUUCACUCUGUCCUUGUUUUUGUCUCUAUAAAAUCACUACCCAUAAGCAAGGUUCCAAGGGAAGAGCGGUUCCUCUUCCGCAGAGUCCAACCGAAUGAGCUUAAUGUGUUCCGAUGUGUGGUGAGAUAUGGGUACACAGACGUGAGAAAUGAACAAGACCCAUUUGAAAGAAAGUUGGUUGAAAGGCUGAAGAAUUUCAUAAGCGAAGAAUAUCAGUUUUCAAAAACAAUUCAAAAUAAUCAAGAAUCUGCUGAGAAAGAUGGAGAGUUGGAUGAUACAUUAGUUGAGAGGGAAAUCGAAGUGCUGGAAAAAGCAUGUACUGCUGGGAUUGUUCACUUGGUGGGUGAGAAUGAGGUGAUUGCGGAGAAAGGCGCUGGAAUAGGAAAAAGGCUAUUGAUCAACUAUGGUUACAGUUUCUUGAAGAGGAAUUUGAGACAAACGGAUAAGGUGUUUGAUAUCCCUCGAAAAUGUUUGCUAAAGGUUGGAAUGACGUAUGAGCUUUAAUUAGGAACAUUGGUGAUGCUUAUUUGUUACUGUUUGUAUAUAAACAACUAUGGUAGUUGUAUCUCUAGUUCAGUUAAUUGAGCUAUUCAGACAGUAGAUUCGUUUUUAUUUCAAUUCAUCUACCUGUUACCGAUAGUCUUCUGCAGUUGAUCCAAUUCGUUUUUAUAAAGAAAGUUUCAGUUCUUUUCUGAUGAUAAUUUAGCUUAGCAUUUGUUUUUACGUGCAACUUGACUAACUCUAGAACUCUAAAGUUAACGGUCAGCAAAUUUGCAGCGGCCCUAAGAAUUUUUUACUGACUGUCAAAAUCAAAUCUGCGAGCUUGGAAAAAGUAAACAAUUUAGUAUCAAAGGAGAGAGGCUGUAAAAGGAGCGGUGAAAGGAUAAAGAGAAAAAUAAAGGGACCAUAGGGAAGGGAAUGAUGGAUAAAAGGAACAUAAGGAAGGAAAAGAGAAACUGAGGUUUCCUGGAUUGUUUUUCUUAAGCUCACAUGGGCUUAAGUUUAGUUUUCAUGUUUGAAUUGGAGAUUAGGAAAUUUGUCAUAGAAUUAAGGUGGUUGAAUGAGUUGGGUGUUACAUUCACUCUCUUUGUGCUUAGGAUAAUCAUCGUUGGAUCCACCAAAACUCUCUCAUUCAUCCAUGAAGUUCCACGUCGUAUGAACGUCGAUUGCCCAAAAACUUCAGAGGAAAGAACCGUCAAAGUUAUGGAUUCCAAUUGUACUACUAGCCUACUACUAUUUUUGAAACAAACUUCACAAAACCCCCAAGGGUUUGACCUUGAGGUCUAAGGCUUGGGACUAAGGAGUUUCCUCCCUCCAAAAGUCUCAGGUUCUAUCAAUUACAACACUUUGCUCUAGCUUUAAUUGAGACGCCCCGCAAGUGGGCUGUGGGAUUGGUCUCCCAAAAUUAGUCGAAUUGCACGAAAGCUAGCCAGACACUUGAGUUAUCAAAGAAAAACUUCACAAAAACCAUAGGCCUAAAAACGAAUUCCCUUAGAAGCUACUGAUCAAACACUUGGUAGGCAUAUAUACCUUGCAUCAAACUUGUAAAUCAAAUGAAUAAGAUUAGCAUGUGUAACAAAAAACAUUGUACCUUAGAUUGUCGCUCACAUUCUUAGUUGCAAAAUGAGACAACCCUGAGCUUCAGAUAUGAUAAUGCUUCAAACCGCAAACACCUGGUGGUCGUAGACAGAGAAGGGUGAGAGAGACAAUGGGUUCGUACCGUGUGGAUGAGUACACCAGCUCCGAUCGCCCGAGUCACGAGCACACACCUCUACCAGCUGACUCAGUC